AUGUCGCCUGCACAGCGUUCUCUCUCGCCGGAGAGCGAGAGCUCGCGAACACGGGACCGCUCCCCGUCCGGGUUCAGCCUCCUCCACCGGGUCCCCACCAACAAGACGCUUCGCAAGGUCAAGAGCCGCGCAUCAAAGCUGUCCUUCUCGGCGCCCUUCCUGCAUUCGCACGCCCACGAGCAUCAUGUUCCCGAUGUUCCUCCUCUUCCCCAGGUUCUUUCUCGGCCCGCCACUCCAGUGUCGACCACCGCCAGCAGUGUUCCAUCAAGCGCCAGCGUAGUCAUGGUGCCAAGUCCUUUCGCGCCUCCAGCCCGACCGGCUCCUGUUCGGUCAAACGCCUCAUUCCGGGGCGCCCUUUCAGACGAUGAUGAGCCUCUAACAAUGGACGGGGUUUUAUCCAUUGUGGAAUGGGGUGCUUCCGUCUCUCGUCCAUCGUCCGUUGGGGGAGACACUAGCCCUGAUCGCGACUCGGUCUCUCUUGUCGAUAUCAUCACCAAGGAGGACGACGAGGAGAGCGAGGUCUGCUCCUUCUCGGCCCAGCAGGACACUGCGAGCAACAAGGCCUCGACACUAUCCUCAUCUGGCCCCUCGGCCCCAUACAAAUCGUCCAUCGCCGACACAAACUCGAGCGCGGGCUCAUUCGAGUCCUUUGACGACGAAGAGGACAAGGAGACGCCAGCAACUGCCGUCCCGACUUUCCACACCAGUGGCCUACCGCCUCGGCCUCUCCUAGACGUCACAACCAUGACCCCCCCUCGCCAGGCUGAAACAUCGAACACGACCACGCCAACGACGCUCUCCGAUGUCAUUCGUGACCGUACACGCAGGCUGAGCACUCCGGCCGGCUGGCGAACUCGCAGCCCAGACGCAUCCUUUGGUGGAGCAGCGCCCGACGCUAUGCUCGUGACGCCACCGCCUGUGCCACACAAGGCACACCACCACACCGAGUCACGCAAGUCACGUUUGUUUAGCCUCCUGCACAGGACCAAGACAUCGCUCGACCCCGCAUCGUUCAUCGACUCGUCAUCGCCGCACCGUUCCUCAUACGUCCAGUCGCCGGCGGCAAGCGAGGCAGGCUCCGACUACAGCCGUUCAGCGACACCACGAAACAACGCAGAGGACCUAGGGAUUGGCGUCCCUAUCGACCCGUUUCAGAGCCGCUCGUCAACACCCACGGCGCGGACUUCCGAACCCGGGUCGCCCGAGAUGGGGCCAUGCGAUUCGCCGACCGCCUUCCUGCCCCCACACUUGGCGCGGACGACCAAGUCGUACACAUCGCUCCCGCGUUGCGACAGCGACGCGACGCUCGACUGCGCCACACCAGUCGCCUGCGAAACCCAGGACGAAGCUACCGAGCCCGCCAAGGGGGUGUACAUGUACGCCCGUGCCAACGGCAGCGUGCACACGUUUGGCCAGCCGAGCCUGCGCUCGCUCCCGAGUGUGGAGAGCCUAACGCUCGUCGACAGCCGCUCGGAGGUGUUCGAGGAGGGGGGGGAGGAGGAGGAUGAGGAGGAGGAUGAGGAGCGUCUGAGUGGAGAGCUGGCACUCGAGGCUCUACUCGAGUCGCAGGAGGUGAAGUUUGGGCGGGCCGUGGCGGUGGCCGCCUGA